AUGGAAGCUCCGAUUUCAUGCUCAGCCAAAGCAGCCGCAGUGUGCGGCCAUGUGGCAAGAACACAAACGGGGUCAGCCAGCAGCACUGGUAGUCUUCGUAGCAGUUCCAGGCCUUCCAAACUUGGGCGUGCAUCAGCUGCCGGGGUAUUGGCAGGCUUUGCGCUUGGCUGGAAGGGAAAGGCGCGCCGGCGACACCGCUUCACUCUCCAGGCACAAAAAGGAGAUUCGAUCCUGGUGCUUGGAGGUGGUAUUGGAGGCCUGACACUGGCAAUGCGCCUCGCACAAAUGCCUUGGCGGACCAAGCCACAGGUCAAGCUCAUCGACCCCAAAGAAAGAUAUGUCUUCCUGCCAUUGCUGAUUGACUACGCAACAGGUGUUGUGGAACUCGAUGAGCUUGCGCCGCUGUUCGACGAGCUCCUGCAAGAAGCCCCUGGUGUCCAGCACAUUCAAGGUGUUGCAAGCGAAGUGGAUUGGAGAAGACGCGAGGUUGGACUUUGCACUGACGAGGCUAAGCUCGACUUUGAUGCUGUAGUUCUAGCAUCCGGCAGCCUGCGUAUGAAACCAGGCGAGGAACUACCAGGGCUCUCAAGAGCAUUGUCAGAUGGGAAGGCACUGUGCUUCCGCUCCUUGAGCGAUGCAGACGCGCUACGUGCUCGACUUCCGUUUGUCUCUUCUGUUGCCAUAAUCGGUGCUGGCUACGUCGGUGUUGAGCUUGCAGCAGGAUUGGCGGAGGUGCUUCCAGAUGUUGCUGCUGCUGGGCAGAUCAGUCUUUUUGGAUCUCGCUUCCUGCCAGGUUGUGAGGAGGCUAAUCAAGCACGUAGUGCCGAGCUACUAGAGAAGCAGGGGAUCAUUCGCAAGACAGGCCGCGUGAUCUCUAUUGAUGAUGAUGGGCUGACCUGGUCCAGUCUGUCUGGAGACUCCAGGGAGCAUCAUGCUUGUGAUCUCGUUAUCGUCACUGGGGCAUUGGCUCCUCCAGAGUACAAAGACAUGCUUCAGCUAAAAGCUCCGCUGGAGGACUCUGUAGACCAAGGGCGUGCUGCCGUUGACGAAUACUUGCGAGUUGCUCCUGGAGUCUUUUGCCUCGGUGAUGCAUCUGCAGGAACGCCAGCUACGGGACAGAUUGCGAUGCAACAGGCUGAAGUUGCUGCCUGGAACAUAUAUGCGCAGCUUUCUUGCUUGCCACGUGUGGCAUGGCGACGCUUCAAGCCAUCAGCCUUGGGAGAAUUCAUUGCUUUAGGGAGCACUGAAGCUGCUGGCGUCGUGGAAGCAAGUCAAAUGGCAAAUCUUUUGCCGCCGGCUUUGCCCCCUGGCAUUGCUCGCCUGGCUUCUUCUGCUACGGCUGCUGCUAGUGAGAUUCAGGGCUCAACAAAAGUGGACAUUGGUGGAAAGCCUGCUAGUCUUUUGCGACGGCUGGCAUAUUUGUACCGUUUGCCAGGUUUGCGACACCGCCUUCAAGUUGCAGAGAAUUGGCUGCGACGUUCCUCCCGGGCUAGCGGAGACAUCUCCGCCAAUGUGCGCCUAAUGCGGCCACCUUUGGUUCGGGAGACCUCCGCUUGGACUUUCGGCCGGGAUCGCUUGCGCCUCUCCGGUCUGGUGCCAUUUGGGCAGCAGAAGAAGGAAGUCAUGGAAAAGAUUGUCCUUGAGGAAGACUUGUCAGAGCGCCUCAAUUGGACUACCAACUCCCUAGUCAAUGCCAAGAAGAACGGGACACCCUUCAGGCAUCUCCUGCUACAUGGCCCACCCGGUACGGGCAAGACACUUUUUGCCCGAACACUGGCAAGACAGUCAGGUUUAGACUAUGCAAUCAUGUCCGGCGGAGAUGUGGGACCUCUUGGGAAAGAUGCGGUUCACGAGCUUAACAAGCUCUUUCAGUGGGCUAACAACUCCCGGAAAGGCUUGAUUCUUUUCAUUGACGAGGCCGAUGCCUUUUUGCGGACUGGCCGUGGGUCAGACACUUCUGCCAUGAGUGAAGAGGCCAGAAAUACCUUGUCGGCCUUCCUGCAUCACACGGGCACGGAGAGUGACAAGUUUGUGGUUGUGCUGGCGACCAACAUCAGAGAGAUUCUCGACAAAGCCGUGCUUGAUCGCAUCGAUGAAAGCUUUGAGUUUCCACUGCCCAGCUUGAAGGAGCGCCAACGGAUGCUCUCCAUGUUCAUGGAGGAACACAUCCACAAGCCCACCAAGAGGGGCAAGGUGAUUCAGGUAGAUGAUGUGUUGAAAGAUGAUGCCUGGUUGGAACAGGACGGUUUCAAAGAAGGACAGACCAAUGAGAUCCAGCUUCCGACCAUCACUGGCAAGCUACUGGAGAAGGUCAUCGAGUAUUUGUAUUUCAAGUACAAGUAUACAGACGCCAAGGUGCCUAUUCCAGAGUUUCCGAUUGAUGACGAUGUUGUCCUGGACCUGCUUCUUGUUGCCAACUAUCUCAACCUAUACUGA